AUGAAGACUCUUGUCGCCUUUGGUUUCGGUCCACCGAUCUUUCUCGCUCGUCUUGUUUCAGCCGAGACACAGUAUGGAGUUCUUGGAUUCGGCAUCCCAAUGUAUCAGCCCUUGUGCUGUUACUCUUGUCAUGAUGCACUGUCUGCUCUUUACUUGAAUUGCACAAUCUUCUCGGACGACAUGGACAUGAGUCAUAGCGGCAUGGACAUGAAGUUGAUCAAACGUAUGGAUAUGGGAAGCGAAUCCAUGGCAACAACAAGUGAUGCCUGCUAUGCCAGCGAUCGGACCUGGCUGGAGACCUUCUCCUACUGCAUUCACGAAAAAUGUGCACAGGACAGCGCUAACGAGAGUGAACAGGGCCAAUGCUUCUCCAAGUUGGCCGCCAAUGGACUACACGUUCCUACAUUACAGGCUUCUCUACCAUCGACCACACCCGUCGUCGAACUGGAAGCAGAUUCCACCUGGCUAAACUCGACAAGCCUUGUCAAUGAAAAUGCCUACCUCUCCAAUUAUGUCACAAUGAAGGAGUUUGUAUUGUCCGAACACAGACACACUCGUUACGCACUUAUCAGCAUGCUCUUCGUCGUAGGCAUCUGUAUCAUUUCAGGAAUCUGGAAGAUGCACAUAACACCCAACUUCGGGCACGGCAGCUUGUCACUAAAGGUCGGCCAGUAUUUGCUGGUCCCUGCUACGUUCAACGGCCGACACUUAUCGCCGUUGCCUUACCGACUUGGUUAUCUGCCCAAGCGCGGCCUCACAAUUUUUAUUGCCUCAUACGUUGUUCUCAACAUCAUCUUCUCAGCCGUUUCAUUCCACCAUGUCACGCCAAAUGCCUGGUAUGUUGACCGUCGCCACGAAAUUGCUGCCUACGUCUCGAAUCGUACCGGCAUUCUCAGCUUUGCGAAUCUCGCUCUCGCAAUCCUUUUCUCUGGUCGUAACAAUCUACUCAUACUCAUCACUGGUUGGAGCCAGAGCACAAUGCUAGCUAUCCACCGUUGGGCGUCUCGAGUUGCGACUGUUCAAGCUGUCGUACAUUCGAUCAUCUAUACUAUUACCUACUUCUGGACUGGUGGAGCAGCUGCAUAUCGAAUAGAAGCAGCUAUGCCGUACUACUGGUGGGGUAUCAUCGCUACCGUUGUGCUGUGUCUCGCUGUAUGCUUUGCGAUUCUUCCCAUAAGGAUCCGAUCCUACGAAUUCUUCCUGAUCACACAUAUAGCGUUUGCUAUACUUGCGCUGAUGGGCUGUUGGUAUCAUAUCGAUCUGCGCUUUGGCAACAAAUGGGGCUACAAGGUCUGGUUGUACAUCGCAUUUGCUUUUUGGGCCUUUGACCGACUAAUGCGUUUCUUCCGCCUCGUGUACUUCAACUAUUCUGGCAGUCCCAUUGCAGUGGUCAAACAAAUUCCGCAUACCGAUAUACUACAAAUGACGAUACACCCGAAGAAGGCAUGGAGAGUGCGACCUGGUCAACACUCUUUCUUAUACAUACCACUUCUUGGCAAACCUUGGGAAAAUCAUCCAUUCACCAUCGCAUCCUGGAGUUGCCCAGAACCCACUCGUAACACGCCGGUCGUGUCAAAUGCAUCUAUUGUGAAGGAAGCGGAACUGCACAAUGUGGAAAUUGACGACUCUUCUGAUUCACAGCACACCCACGACUCGAAUUGUUCUGAUCAAGUAGUAUGUCUGAUGCGAGCCAGAAAAGGGAUGACCGCCUCACUACUUCAGAAGCUGCGUAGAUCGGAGGCAAGCGCUUUGCCCAUAUCCAUCCUUACCGAAGGACUCUACGGCGGACAUCGUGCUACAUUGCUACCAUUGGAGACUGCAAACACUAUCUUGUGUGUGGCUGGAGGCAUUGGCAUCACAAGCUGCAUGAGCUUCUUGCAGCAAUACGUUGAUGAGUCUCGAUCUACUAAUUCUGCUUCAAAGCCUCUGAUGAGCCAUGCAACAAGAUUUGUGCUCGCUUGGUCGGCAAAAGAAGAAGCCCUCCUACAGCAUGUGUCCACCUUUCUUUUGCCUGAGCCCGCGGCUCAGUCACAAAACAAGCAUCUCGAGUACCAGUUCUGGUGUACUGGCGAGCAGAGCAGUCAAGACAAGGGACUUGAGCAAAGUAUCAACUUGCGAAAUGGCAGAAUGAAUGUCGGAGAGGUUGUUAGAUCUGUAGCGGAGAGGGGAAAAAGAGUCGUGGUAGUGGUUUGCGCGCCCGGUGCCAUGUCAGAUGAAGUCCGAGAAGCUGUGGUUGGAUGUCUGAGAGAUGGUAUGCGGGUCGACUUGAUCGAAGAGGCUUUUGCGUGGUAG